AUGACCGUCAACGAGCCCAAGCUCAUCUCCGGCCCGGUGCGCAAGAACACUGCGACAACGCCGAAGAAGCAGCAGCAACGUGCAGCGACGCCGCUAAGGCCACAGCAGCAGCACCGCGACCCCCACCGCUCACCCGAUGCGCAGACCAACGGGCGCAACACCAUCAUGGAUGACGCUGACGAGACCUCCGCGGCAUUCCGCGCACGCGUGACGGAGAUUACGCGGUUUAAGGUCGUCUCGCGCGUGCGCCCCUUCAUUGCGGAGGAGCUCGCGGAAAUGGAGGGGCAGGAGCGCCGCUCCGUAGUGGAGAUGGCAGAUAACAAAACGGUAAUUCUAGAUCCGAAGGACUGCUGGGCGCCCAAGGCCCAGUUCGAGUUCGACGCCAGUCUCUGGUCGAUCCCGCCUGAGCACCGUCUCGUGUACACGUUCCAGGACACGAGACGCAACACCUACGCGACGCAGAAGGAUGUGUACGAGCUCAUAGCAAAGGAUCUCGUACCACAUGUGUUUGACGGCUUCAACAGCUGCAUCCUCACAUACGGGCAGACNGGCAGCGGUAAGACAUACACAAUGAUGGGGAUGUACGACCCCAACGCCUCGUGCGGCGGUGAGGGAGAAGAGGGCAUCAUCCCACGUGUUUCGAAUGACCUCUUCGUGAUCCUCGCCGGAAAGCAGGCGGAGGAGGAGCGGAAGCAACCCAGCGACCGCGUCAGGUUCCGGGUCGAGGUGAGCUUCGUGGAGAUCUACAUGGAGCGUGUGCGCGACCUGCUCGACCCCGCGCUGAAGAAUUCCAAGGGCAACGAGAAACUGCAUGACGCCCGCAUCCGGCAGGACCCGUACAGCGGCCCUUUUGUAGAGGGUGUGACGAAGUAUCAGGUAGAGAACUGGGCGCAGUGUUGCCUGCUGCUCGAGCGCGGCUCGCAGCACCGCACGACGUGUGCGACGGCAGUGCACAACCAGUCCAGCCGCAGCCACGCCAUCUUCCAGCUGACGGUGAUUCAGGAGCAUACAAUUCCGGCGAAGGACCGCUACUCGCGGCCGAUCGUGCGCUGCCAGGCGGGCCGCAUCAACCUCGUCGAUCUCGCUGGCUCCGAGCGCGGCGGGUUCCAGGAGUACGUGAAGGAGUCGGCGGCGAUUAACACCUCGCUGCUUGCCCUGCGCCGCGUCAUUGACAACCUGACAGAGCGACAGAACAUCCUUAUGGAGCAGGCCAGGGCGGAGAUCACUGGGGCGUACUUCCAGGAGCGCACACUGCCACAGGUGCCGUUCCGCGAUAGCGUGCUCACGUGGCUGCUCAGCGACAGCAUCGGUGGCAACGCCCGCACCACAAUGGUGGCGACACUCAGUCCACUCGUCAAGAACUACGGCGACACCCUCGCAACGCUGCAGUGGAGUAGCAAGGCACGCAACCUCGUGACGCUGGUGAAGGUGAACGACGCACAGACGACGGUGACAGGCGGCAUGUCAAACCAAGCUGGCGAGCUUCACAACGCUGUGCGCAUCCAGAGGCAGAACAUGGACUCCCUUCGGGAGUCGCUGCGACUCAAGCAGGAACUCGCGGAGCGGCUAGAGCGUGAAUGUCACACCAUGACACGGCAGACGGCAAAGAACAAGGAGACAGUGAAGCAGUUGGUGUUGGAGCGGCAGGCGGUNAGAGCGUGA